AUCCAUCUUAUCAUCAUCACCAACACCAAUUACAAGCUAGUCGAGUGAGUCUCUUAGCGAGGAGAGACGAGGCGAGAGGAGAGGAGAGGCGCCGCCGCGGCGAGGAGAGCGAGAAUCGGAAGGCGAUGGGCAACGCCGGGAGCUCGCCGGAGCAGGCCGCCGGCAAUAAUAAGGAGGACGCGGAGGCCCGCCGCCAGCCGCCGUCCACCGUGCGAUUCUACCCCAGCGCCGACCAGCCCAAGGCCAGGCAGCCGCCGCCCAUCAAGCUGGAGGAGGAGGACGUGCCCCCUCCGCCCGUCGCCGACGAGGAGAUGGCCCCCCGCAACCUCUGGCAGGUUUAUGCUCUUGGAGCGUUUAUUGUGUUGAGAUGGGCCUGGGUUAAGUGGAAAGAAAGCAAGGAAAGAGAUGAUUCGCCUGAUGGCCGAUCCCCGGACGGGUCUUCUUAGUUUGCUCCAGAAAGCUUUAGUCUCUGCUUUAAAUCCUAAGAAGAUAAAGAUGUUGUGCGAUGAUGGUGCACCUCUCUAAUCUAUGUCCAUCUGAUUAGAGUUUUUCUUCCCCGUCAUUGUUGCCUUGUGUUUGGAUUCUGUAUUUGCCCAUCAUGCGCAAGUGACUUCCUUUUCCUUGCUGUCAUGUUAGAACUUGCAAUAUCUUUAAGUGAAAGGCUUGUAGUAAAAGUAAAAGACCUCUUUUAAUACUACCAUCCAUGAUCCAACUGCAAGUUUGAUUGCC